UUGACGAACUACUACAGAAAUUAUUUAUUAUGCAACUAUGCAUCUUUUUCAUAAUUCAACGAUUGCUAUCCCCUCAGAAAUAGUUUACAUCAACUUAUAUCUUCAUAGAACACAGCAAAAAGGAUACACGAAUUAGUUUACCGUCGAAUAUGUUCCAAACAUGUACGAUAUGAUUAGUUUGAAGAUGCAUAUUCUAACAUGUAUCUAGAGUCUGCGAAAGACACGAGGGUAACAUGGCCGUCAGUUCUCGACGCGUACGGAACCAGUUCCAGGAUGAAACCGGUUUGGAACUAGUUUCCAUUGGUUUUUCGGCCCCCUGCGAGACCGUGCCACGACCGAGAUUGGCACUCGUGCCGGACUUCUCUCGGAGAUUGGAACGGAGGUUACGUUACGAGGGCACGCUAAUAUGGCAGAUAUUACAGAACAGAAAGGGGGAAAGGUCGACGCUCAAAUGGAAAUCAAGGUGGAACCGACGAUGCAGUGUUACGUCGAAGAGGAACAUGAGAACGGUUUCCCUGCUUUCGACAGUAACGGGGCAAUACCUUCCAGUGCCGACGUUGGCGCUUUGAAUCUGUGGACCAGCAAGGCAACUACGUGUCUCAUCAGCCAGUACAAAAAAUAUCGAUCGAUGGUAGGGCAAUCAACGCAGAUCCGUAGUUUGCGCGAAAUGUUUGAGAUGAUAUCUCUCGAAAUGCAAAAUUACGGAUUUUACUUCAGCCCGCAGAAGUGCGAGAACAAGUGGCGCGUACUGGAACGUAAGUACAAGAACCUCGUGUUUCGGGAACGUUUGAAGAAGCCGGGCAGAAUGAGACAUUACGGCCACUGGGAGCACAAAAGAGCGCUAGACGAAAUCUUCAACGAGAAAAAGAGACAUAUGUAUUUGGAAGAGAGCGAUUUACCGCUAGCAACCGGCUCGGCAAAGUACACGUUCAUAUUACCGAAACCGUCGUCGACAGAAGAGCAGAGCACCACGACCGAUCGUCAACAACACGAAGACCCUCUGGCGGCGCCGACGCCGAACUCCUCGACGAACAACAAAACGGAGGAGUUGGAUCAAACGGGAGCCUUGAACGUGCUCUUUGAGAAGUUCUUCGACGAGAUGUCGAAAAACUUGGCGAUCGCGGAGAAGAACAAGGAGAAGAGGCACAAAGAAGAGAUGGCGAUGAGGCAGAACGAAUUAGAGAUCCAGAAGAGUAUUCUGAAGUUAAAGGAACAGAAGCUUGAACUGCAAAGAUGUCAAAUUAUCGCUGCAGCUCAACACUUGCAUCUAAACAUGUAGCGAAGGAACUCUGUUAUUAAGAGCGAUGUGAACUUAAUGCUUGAUGUAGAUUUAAGAUCAAUUUAUGUAAAUGUAAAUAAAUUUAUUAUUCUCCGUAUGUGAUGAAAGUUUUGUGCGAGAUUUGUAUGAUGUAAAGAUGUAACAUA